AUGAUCAAGGUCAACAUCAACAGAGGGCUCCAGGCUAGUCUGAGGAUGCUGGAGGAGGCUGGAAGAGAAGGGCAGUACAUGUCAGGGUGGGCUGGGGAGAGGGGAGACUUCGGGUACGAUGCCUCCUUCUCCUGCCCAGGGGUCAGCAGUGUGAAUCAGCUCGGGGGGCUCUUUGUGAAUGGUCGGCCUCUGCCCCUGGACACCCGGCAGCAGAUCGUGCGGCUGGCCGUCAGCGGGAUGCGGCCCUGUGACAUCUCACGGACCCUUAAGGUAUCUAAUGGCUGUGUGAGCAAGAUCCUAGGGCGUUACUACCGCACAGGUGUCUUGGAGCCCAGGGGGAUUGGGGGAAGCAAGCCGCGCCUGGCCACGCCACCUGUGGUGGCUCGAAUCGCCCAGCUGAAGGGUGAGUGCCCAGCCCUCUUCGCCUGGGAGAUCCAACGCCAGCUCUGCGCUGAAGGGCUUUGCACCCAGGACAAGACUCCCAGUGUCUCCUCCAUCAACCGAGUCCUGCGGGUGAUACAGGAGGACCAGAGACUGCCCGGGGCACAGCUCAGGUUGCCAGCUGUUUUGGCUCCAGUUCCUCCAACGCCGCCUAGUGGCUCCGAGGCGCCCCGGGGUCCCCACCCAGGGACAGGCCACCGGAAUCGGACGAUCUUCUCCCCAGGCCAAGCUGAAGCGCUGGAGAAAGAGUUCCGGCGCGGGCAGUACCCUGACUCAGUGGCCCGCGGGAAGCUGGCUGCUGCCACCUCUCUGCCUGAAGACACGGUGAGGAUCUGGUUUUCCAACCGAAGAGCCAAGUGGCGCCGACAAGAGAAGCUCAAGGGGGAAAUGCGGUUUCCAGGUGCUUCCCAGGACCUGACUGUACCAAGUGCCUCCGCAGGGACCGUCUCUGCACAGCAAUCCCCCGGCAGUGUGUCCACAGCAGUCCUACCUGCCCUGGAAUCCUUGGCUCCCCCCGGCUAUCCGCGGUUCUGGGGAACAGCAGCAGACAGAUGUCUGAGUGACACUCCUCCACAAGCCUGUCUCAAGCCCUGCUGGGGUAAGAAUCCAGGCCAGCCGAGCUCCCUGGAUUCACUCCUGCUUUGCCAUCCUUGCCCUUCCUUCCUCUGCCCCAUCGCCAGUCUUGGUACCCAUCAGGUCUUGCUCUGGCCUGGCUCCCCACUUUGAGGCCUGGGAUGA